GACUGGCUCGGUGUGUGCGAUCCGUGGGGUGCCCCGUCCCCCACACAGCGCGUCCGGUUCCGCGUGUCGGAGCCCCACCCUCGGGCCUGCGCGUCCUGGGGCGUCCGUGCUCCGGCCUCUGUCCCGGGGGGGUCCCGCGGGGCCGGGGCCGGGGCUGCCCGAGGAGCCUACACGGAGCCUCGCUAGUGAGCGGCCGCCGUUCAUAACGUUCUGUGCUUGUAAAACAGCGGAGAAAGCCACCCACAACUUAGACAGUAAAACCUUGAUUAACCGGAACUCAGCUAACCGGUAUUUUUGUGAGGGUGGAAGGAAGCUGGGAGAGCUGCCCCCUACCACCAAGAAGCCUUGAAGUUCAAAGCAAAGUUCUGUGAUUGGUUGCUUCAUCGACUGAGAAGAUCUGCCUCCCCAAAUCAGAGAAGCUCUGCAUGUGGUCUGGGAACUGAACAAGUUGCUAAAAAAAGUGGAUUUCUCUUCUGCUCAUCUUGGGCCUACCCUUUUCCUAGAGGGAAGUCCAAGAGACCAGGUGAUGGCAGCUACUACCGUCUUCCCCACAGCCAGGCCCCAGGGGUUGCUGAACUUCGAGGAUGUGGCAGUAUCCUUCAACCAAGAGGAGUGGGGGUAUCUGAACUCUGCCCAGAGGAGCUUGUACAGGGAUGUGAUGCUGGAGAAUUUUGGGAACAUGGUCUUGUUGGGGCUCUCCAUCUCCAAACCUGACCUGAUCUGCAUGCUGGAGCAAGGGGAAGAACCCUGGGGCCUGGAUCCACGAGGAACUGAAGAAAGAAACUUCCAGGGAGAUUGUGAAGCCAGGACUGAGAACAAGGAGUUGAUAUUAAAACAGGAAAUCUAUGAAGAAGUUGACUCAAAAGGAGAAAUAUUAGAAAUACUUUUAGGUGGAGUUACUCAGGAUCUACUGCUUGAAGAAUCUUGUGAACUUGAGGACCAUUUAGAGAGGCACAUGGAAAAUCUGGUAGGAGAGAGAGAAGGCCUGCCCCAGCAGAGAAAUUCAAAACAAAUGGCAGUUGCCUACCAGGAAACUCCAAGAGAAGACAGUGACCACGUAGUGACAUAUCACAGGUUUCCUACAGGAGAGAGACCUUAUAAAUGUGAUACAUGUAGCCAAGGCUUCAAACGCAGCUCCGAUCUUAUUAAACAUGAGAAAAUGCAUAGUGGGGAAAAGCCCUAUGAAUGUAACGAAUGUGGGAAAGCCUUUAGUUGGAGUUCAGCCCUUAUUCAGCACCAGAGAAUUCACACUGGAGAGAAACCUUAUGAGUGUAAGGAAUGUGGGAAAGCCUUUGGGUGGAGCUCAGAGCUUAUUCGACACCAGAGAAUUCACACUGGAGAGCGGCCCUAUGAGUGUAGUGAAUGUGGGAAAGCUUUUGUUAGAAGCUCAGCUCUCAUUCAGCACCAGCGGAUACAUACUGGUGAAAAGCCCUAUGAAUGUAAUGUCUGUGGAAAAACUUUCCGUCACAGGCCAACUCUUGUUUACCAUCAGGGAAUUCAUACUGGGGAGAAACCCUAUGGGUGUAGUGUAUGUGGGAAAGCCUUUACCCAGAGCACCACCCUUAUUGAACAUAGAAGGAUUCACACUGGAGAGAAGCCCUAUGAGUGUAAUGAGUGUGGAAAAGCCUUCAGUCGGAACUCAGCUCUUAUUCAACACCAGCUAAUUCAUACUGGAGAGAAACCUCAUAAGUGUAAUGACUGUGGGAAAGCUUUCCGUCACAGGUCAGCUCUUAUUUAUCACAGAAUUCAUACUGGCGAGGAACUCUUUGGAUGUAAUGGAAAUUUGAAAGCCUUCAGCUUGUUUCUUGUACAUUAUCACCACUUAUCUCAUAUUUAACCAUGGAGAAUUCACACCACAGGGAAAUCCAAGGGAUGUGAAGCACAUAGGAAUGCCUUUCAACACAGGUCAAUUGCUGUCAGUGAAAUUCAGCAUUGUAAAUUAGAUGUUUCCGUCACAGUGAAGGGAUUUGGGUGUUAGAGUAUGCCUAAAACAUACUUUAGUUCUUCAACAAGCAGUGCCUCAUUUGGGUAGCUACCAGGCUUUCCAGGUCCCCUCUCCAGUGUUCCCCUGGUCUAUCCUCACUUAUUCUCAGCUGCUAAGUAGUUAGAGGGUUAUAGCGUUAAUAACCACAUUCACUCUUUUUUAAUAUUUGCUAGGAACAACUCUGUUUUAAGCGCUUCCCAACUUUUCUUGGCCUGAAGCAUUUCACAUGUCUUCCAGAGCAACGAGAUCUUGUGCAGAGUUUAGUUCUCUGUUCUUCCUGUUCUUUGUUUUUAAAAUUAUUAGUUUCUUUUUAGAAACCUGUGAUGCAUUCUCUUCCUCUAAUUUGCCAGUUUUCUAAACUAGACGUUCUUUUUGGAAUGACAUGUUGAAUCAGCACUUUAUAAUCUGACUUCUUUAAGGAGCCAGACUGGGUUGUUUUUUUUUUUUUUAACAAAACCAAACACAGUUUAAACAGUUAAACCAUCAGAUGCCUCAAAUAUAUUGGAAAAAUAAAAGAUAUCUUCUUCAUUUUUGUUAAUAAGGGAGGUCCCUUAGUAAAAGCACAGAUCUUGACCAACAUCUGAAAAGCCACGCCACACAAACAUGUGAAUGGAAUUAAUAUGUGAGCCUCGUAGCUCUAAGGAUUCACAUUGAGCGCACACCAUUAACAACUGUAAGCUCACAAGCAGGGAAGGCAGGGCUCAUGGAGCCCCAAAUUUCCAUAUCACGUGGAAAUAAACUAUUCAUUAAUGUUUGAUGAUUGAUGGUUUGAAAGAAAAAAUUCUUUGAUAAUGUUUUUAUCUUACCCUCGUAGAACAAUAGCCAAGGGAAAACAUGGGAAAUUAGGAUUCCUCUCUACCAAAUCUUUCUCCAUUGGGAAAACAGGGCAAAAUUGACUUGACUUUACAGUUCCUACUCAGAAGGACUGUGAGUCCUUGCAGUUCCUUAUAAUCUGAAAGGAGUCUGGUGCCUGAAACAAGUACUUAAUACUUAAUGUCUGUUUGAGGAAUAAGAUGACGAACUCUUGAUAAGCAGAAGUCCAAACGAAGGCAACCUCUAGGCAACUAUGAGAGACAUACUGGCUUGGGAAGGUUAGGACUGCAGAUACAAAUUUUGGAGCAGUCCACAAAUGGGAUAAAGCUAUUCCAAAGCUUUGUGCUGUCAUUUAACUGUAGUCAGGCUGUAUCUGAGAGAGAUAGAGUUGGCCUUCCUGUGGGGAGCAUACACAUUGAGUGAUGUUCCUGGAGGCUUAAUACCCGGCACAUGGCUAGAAUAUUCCUAUUUUUUGGUGUUAAGCACUUGUUUCUGAACUCCGGAAAUGAAGACAUUUGGGUUUAAUUGCAAUAGGUUAAACCCAUAGUGAUAAAUAUAAGACCAGCAGGAGAAGGGGGUGAGGGAGAAAAGGAAACCUGCUAUAACUGUCCCUGUUUGAUUUAUGAUUAACAAUAAAAUGUCUUGUGAUAUAUGUGA